AUGCCAGACAAUAACCUGGCACAGAUUAAAUCAGACGGCACUUUCGGUCGACUGCCAGAUCUGACGAAAUUGGAUUUCAGAAAUAAUGGUAUACUAGUAAUUGAAGACAACGCGUUCGACGGUGCUGCCAACAUACAAGAAUUACUGCUCGACAGAAACCUCUUGCAGACGAUCACUGACAAAAUGUUCUUCGGUCUACACAGCUUAACCGUACUGUCUCUGGCUGACAACAAAAUUAAAUGCAUUACUCCUGGAGCGUUCGAUCACCUGACUAUGUUGAACACUCUUCGCCUGGAGGGUAAUCCGCUGGAGUGCACGUGUCAUCUAGCGUGGCUCGGGGCGUGGCUGCGGGCGCGGCACCUCGCACCAGACGCCGUCUGUCACGCCCCACAGCCGCUGCACGCUGCCAACAUUCACCACCUUGAGACUGCAGACUUCAAAUGCACACCUGAAGACAAGGGAUGUCUCGCUCCUGAUUACUGCCCAGCACAGUGCACGUGUACUGGAACUGUAGUUCGAUGUUCUCGCGCGCAAUUAACCACCUUGCCAGCAAAUAUACCUAGACAAACCACAGAACUGUAUUUAGAAUCCAACGAGAUCACCAGCAUAUCAGCGGAACAGGUGCGACACUUGACGCAGCUGCAAAGGUUGGACCUGUCCAAUAACCGGAUCAGCGUACUCGCCAACCACACCUUCCAGGGAUUAUCCAAGCUGUCUACGCUCAUCGUCAGCUACAACCGCUUGAGAUGCGUUCAGCGGGACGCGUUGAAAGGGUUGACGCAGCUUCGCGUGUUAUCAUUACACGGGAACAACAUAUCGAUGCUGGCCGACGGUGUGUUCAGAGAUUUGGAAUCGAUAUCACACGUUGCGCUAGGGUCGAACCCGCUGUACUGCGACUGCGGCUUGCGCUGGUUGUCGGAGUGGGUGCGCAGCGCGGGCGAGUACGUGGAGCCGGGGAUAGCGCGCUGCGCCGACCCGCCCACCAUGAGGGACAAGCUGCUGCUCAGCACGCAGACCUCCGCCUUCACGUGUAGAGGCAAACCGCCAGCGGAGGUGGUGUCGAAGUGUGACCGGUGCUACAACAGUCCGUGCCUCAACGGUGGCGUGUGCGCGCCCACCGCUUCCGGGGGGUUCGAAUGCGCCUGCGCGAGGGGAUUCCAUGGUGAGACGUGUCAGCAUCAGAUAGAUGCUUGCUAUGGCUCGCCUUGCGCCAACGGACAAUGCCAACUGCUUGAGGAGGGAAGAUUUCAUUGCUCGUGCGAGGCGGGGUACACGGGUGUGAGGUGCGAGGUGAACAUAGACGACUGCGCGGGGCACCGGUGCCAGAACAACGCCACCUGCCUCGACAAGCUGGAGGGGUACACGUGCAAGUGCGCGCCAGGGUACAUGGGUACGUCACUUGUA